GUUGAAUUUCUCGAUAUUCUAUCUUCGAACUACUUAUAUUUUUGUCACUGUUGAAUAUUUACAAAUGAAAUUUACAGAUUACGAAAGUGAUUGGAAUUGCCUUUUGUAAUAACAUAAGAAUCAUUACAAUACAAAAGCCAUUUUAAAAUGUUGGGUAUAAUUUUGAAACAUUCUAUUACUAUCAAAACUUCAUUGGCUGAAGUACGAUCUAUCUAUAGGAUAACGCAAAAAUAUUUUAUAUGCGAUAAGGAUUUAUUUUCAGCAGCAACAAUUAUUAGAACAUUUCUAACAAGAUGCUCAAGAUUUCCUCAUGGAACAACACAACAAAUUAAAUCUAACAAAUUACUACAAAAUUUAUUAGUACAACGUCGGCAAAUGUCACAAUUUGAUGUAAAUAUGAAUGUAAAGAAUAACGUAAUUUUAUAUAAAUUUGAAAGAAAUACAUAUUUCCGGAAUCUGAAAAUUUUUGCAAUUGGACAGUUACUUGGAUGGUCAGUAGUGGCUUUUUAUACUUAUAGACCAUCAUUCUGGGAUAUAUUCAAUACUGAUAUAAAGUUUAAAGAAUUUCUCAAAAACAAUAUGAUUUGUCUUACCAUGUUUAUCUUCUCAAGUUUUGCAGGUCCGUUCAUGUCACUUUUUCUUUAUGCUACGUGUGCUCGUAGUAUCAAAUACAUUAUUUUAAACAAAGGCGGUAAAACAAUUUCAAUUGUAACUUAUCAUCUGCUAAAGAAAAAAUCUAGUAUGAGUUUACCAGUAGAAAUGGUAAAGUUGUUCUCACACAGGACAUCAUCAGGAUCAUGCAUACCACUUAAAAUAAAAAAUAAGCGUUUUUACUAUUUGAUUGAUAAAAGCGGCACAUUUGUAAAUCCUAAACUCUUUGAUUACACGUUAGGAUAAUUCCAUACUUUUAUAAAUAAGUAGUAUUUUUACGAAUACAUUUUUUUGUUAUAAUGUAUAUGUAUAUGAAAA